AUUACAGCGCUUCUCUCAGACAGAGAGCUCAUCACAGGGAAAAUGGGACACAAAUGACAAGGCUGAGCGCGCUGAUAGCAUUUCAUCGUUCUUUUUCUCUAUUUUAGACACUACUCAGGAUAUAUCGUACAGCAGUGAGUUGAUGUAUCAGCCCCUACUGGGUAGGCAAUCUCUUUCUGUGCUUACCCAUAAAAUCGCACACUUCGGAUCAUCUUGAUGGGCCCGUUAUGAUCUCCAGUCUAUAAUUUUGUUUCAGAAAUGCUGUUUUUUCAACAGUUAGCCUGUCGUUUGGAACUGUUGGCCAGAUGUGGAUUGUUGUCCUGUGGGACAGAAGAGCUACAUUUAUCACGGAUGGUGAUGUAAUUAUUCAGAUUAAUUUGGAUACAUUGGAUUUCCUGGAUCAUACCCAAACAAGUCAACACCGAGGUGACUGGGACGUUGGAGAAAGAAACAAACAGAGUAUAUAUCUCACACACUGGGCUGGGAAUAACUCCAGACAAUGCUUCACUGUUCCAGCUGUGAAAAGCCUAUCCUUGAUAGGUUCCUGCUCAAAGUUUUGGACAGACCAUGGCACAUCAAAUGUGUCCAGUGCUGCGAAUGCAAAUGCACUUUGACAGAGAAGUGUUUUUCACGAGAAGGAAGACUUUAUUGUAAGAAUGACUUCUUUAGGAGAUUUGGGACCAAGUGUGACGGUUGCGCCCAGGGGAUUUUACCCAGUGAUCUUGUCCGCAGAGCCAAGAGCAAAGUGUUUCACCUGAACUGUUUCACGUGUGUGAUGUGUAACAAACAGCUGUCCACCGGAGAGGAACUGUACAUCCUGGACGAAUUCAAGUUUGUCUGUAAAGAGGACUAUCAAAACAACAGUGGAAAAGACACAAUCCUCCUUUCAGUCACGACGUGCAGCGACCCAAGCCUGUCUCCAGACUCCCAGGACCCGCAGGACGACGGGAAGGACUCGGAAACGGGACAUUUAUCUGAUAAAGACGUGUGCAACAACGAGAAUGACGAGCAGAGUGCCGUCGGGAAACGACGCGGGCCUCGGACCACUAUAAAAGCCAAGCAGCUGGAGACCCUGAAAGCGGCUUUCGCGGCCACACCGAAACCCACCAGACACAUCAGGGAGCAGCUGUCACGGGAGACCGGCCUCAGCAUGAGAGUCAUCCAGGUUUGGUUCCAAAAUCGGAGGUCCAAAGAGAGACGCAUGAAGCAGCUGAGCGCUCUGAGCGGCCGGAGACACGUGUUCUUCCGCGGCCAGAGGAGGAUGAGAGCGCUGGGAGAGAGACUGGAACCAGAGGAGCUUGGACACUUCUCCUAUUACGGAGAUUAUCCUGGUGAAUACUAUGGCUCAGGAGGGAAUUAUGAGUACUUCCAAGGUCCACCAUCAUCCCAGGCUCAGACUCCAGCAGACUUGGGCUUUGUGCCCUCCUCUGUCCCUGCUGGCACCCCAUUAGGAGUCAUAGACCACCACCAUCCAGGGCACCACUGCCCUGGAGAGUUGCAGUGUUUCUCUGACACAGUAUCUCAUCAUCCCGCGGACUCACCCAGUCCAGAGCCCAUCAUACCGGGCUCAAUGCAUAGCAUCUCCAGUGAGAUGUGUGGCCCCGGCACACCCUUCACCACUGUGUCUCUCAGUGACAACGGAUACACCAACCAGCUGUCACAGCCCUCCUCAGAAAUGAGUGAAGGCACUGUCUGGUAAUCCAGCCGACACCCAACUACAAGGCACUCUAGGAUUUUGAAGGCAAAUCUAUGCUUUUUAUUGUUCUUUUUUUUAAAUGUACAUUUAUUUAUUUAUUGAUUUAUUUGCUUGUUUGCAUUUCUGUUAAGCUCUAUUUAACUAUUUAUAAAUCUCUAUAUUUGUAUGUUGGUAUAAUUGUUUACUGACUAGCCAAUCAAUAGAUUGUUUUAAAUAAUCCAUGUGAAUUUUGAUUCAUUAACACAGUCACAAUGCUGGGCCUCAUUGAUCAAGCAAUAAACAAAGACAUACAUAUGCUGCAGAAAGUGUUUUUUUAAUGUUUACAAAACCUUUUCUGCCACAUAUUUGACGCAAGUGUCCGUAAAAUGUUAAUGUGAAGGUGCAUGAUAGCAUUUUUUAUCACCUUUCAGUGUUUUAUACAUACUGACAAACAGCACCCUCCACCCAUGAGUUCAUGUGUAAUACAAGAUUGUAUCAUUUAAUAACAGAUUAUGAUUGUCAUGUUCAAUACAUUUGACCAAAAACCUCUCUCAGGACCGUGGAAACAUUGUGUUUGUUAAUUUUUAUUUGACAGGCAUUUCCUUUUAAUUAUUUUACUGCCAAGAUAUGUUUGCCUUCAAAAGGAAAUCUUGAAAAUGAAAAUGUUAUAUGUAACAGAAAAUGAUUUGACUUUAACAAGACAUGAGUCCAACCGUAUAGAGUAAUGAACAACUGUACAGAACAGUCAACUGUUUACUUAAAGCUCCAGUAUUCAGGGCUUUGAAUAUCAGCAUUGUAUAAAACCUCUUGAUUCAGAUGGACAGACCAUUUACUGCAAACAAACCAAACUUUUGUAGCUGUUCUAUCCAUGUGGUCACUCACUGUGCUAGACUAUACUAUGUCCUCAUUAAAAAUACUAAUAAACUGUUGCCAAAUGAAUGCACAGCAAAAUCCUGCACCUUUAGUUGUGAGAUGCAGUAUUUUUUAAGUGUUCACUUCCUCUUUUAAUUAUCUGAGGACGUUUGUAGUAAAAACAAUAUUUUGCUGCUCAGUUAGCCGAACAGCUAAGACACAAACUGGUUUUGUCUUUAUGAAUCAAAGUGUCAAAUUAUUUACACUGAUGAUCUCAUACACUGCCAGCAGCAGCAAUGGGUUUUUUUUUUCAUGAGAUAUACUUAAUUGUUCCAAUUAAGUUCAUGAGACCAAUGUUUACGACCAUUCACUGUAUAAUAAAACAUAUUGAUCAUU